GAUCAGUAAAUGCAGUUGUUAAGAUAUACGUGUCCAAAAACGAAUGAUCCACCUUGUUUGCCUCGUAGCCCUGCACAUUUUCUAAAUCAAACAAUUAACUAGAUCUAUCUGCAAUUCUAAAACCCCAGUUUGAGAAUCGAAAUGGGGAGCUACAAGAUGUUCGGAAUCUUUAAUCGGAAGUUCAAGACGGAGGAGACGGGCCCACCGGAGGACGUCGUGAAUGCCUUCACCAAAUAUUCCGACGGCGGUAAAGAAAUGUCGGCUGAUCAGCUGCUCCGCUUCCUGGUUGAGUUUCAGGGUCAAGCUGAUUGCACGCUUUCCCAUGCACAAGACAUCAUGAAGCAGCUUCAUCAUUUGAGUGACCCUAAUUUUCUCAGCAUCAACGAUUUCUGUUAUUUCCUCGUCAAUGAACAACUCAAUCCUCCUAUCAGUCACCAGAUUCACCAAGAUAUGGAUUCUCCGCUGUCUCACUACUUCAUAUACACCGGACAUAAUUCAUAUCUAACGGGGAAUCAACUAAGUAGCGACUGCAGUGAUGCUCCAAUUAUAGAAGCACUUCAGAAUGGUGUUAGAGUUAUUGAAUUGGAUAUAUGGCCUAAUUCAAGUGGCGAUGAUGUGAAUGUUCUUCAUGGAAGGACUCUGACCACUCCUGUUAAACUUCUGAAAUGUUUGAGCUCUAUAAAGGAACAUGCAUUUGUUGCAUCCGAGUACCCUGUUGUAAUAACUCUAGAAGAUCACCUUACUCCAGAACUUCAAGCUAAAGUAGCCGAUAUGGUCACUCAAACAUUUGGAGAAGCGUUGUUUGUACCUGACUCAGAAGGCAUAAAGCAGUUAAAAUCACCGAACUCAAUGAAAAAAAGGUUUAUCAUUUCAACUAAACCACCCAAGGAAUACCUUCAAGCCAAAAAAGUUGACAAGGAUGAAACAAAUAGUCCGCAGAAAGUGAAGGAUGGUGAUGAGGGAGCUUGGGGCAAAGAACUUACAAGCCUCAAACUUGGGACUACUCGGGAUAAAGAUACUUUGGAUGAUGAUGACAGCCCAAAUGAGCAAGAUGAUGAUGACGAUGACGAUGAUGAUAAGUCAAAUCUGAAAGGAGCACCUGAAUAUAGGCGUCUAAUUGCGAUCCAUGCUGGAAAAGGAAAAGGAGGAUUAGAUGAUUGGUUAAAGGUGGAUCCAGAUAAAGUUAGACGUCUUAGUUUGAGUGAGCCAGAACUGGAGAAGGCUGUAGCUACUCAUGGAAAAGCUAUUGUGAGGUUCACCCAGCAGAAUAUAUUGAGGGUGUACCCGAAGGGUAUACGUUUCGACUCGUCGAAUUACAAUCCACUGAUUGCCUGGACACAUGGAGCUCAGAUGGUUGCAUUCAAUAUGCAGGGUUAUGGAAGGUCACUUUGGCUUAUGCACGGAAUGUUUAGGGCAAAUGGUGGUUGUGGUUAUAUUAAAAAACCAGACUUCUUAUUGAAGGCUGGUCCAGACAACGAGAUCUUUGAUCCUGAAACUGCACUCCCACCCAAGACAAAGUUAAAGGUAACUCUGUAUACUGGUGAAGGUUGGUAUAAUGACUUCAAAGAUACGCAUUAUGAUUCAUAUUCUCCCCCCGACUUCUAUGCAAGGAUUGGUAUUGCUGGUGUUGAAGCUGAUACUGUGAUGAAAAAAACAAAAACACAGGAAGACACCUGGAUACCAAAUUGGAAUGAAGAGUUUGAAUUUCCAUUAACAAUCCCAGAACUGGCUCUCCUUCGCGUUGAAGUUCAUGAGUAUGACAUGUCUGAAAAGGAUGACUUUGGAGGUCAAACUUGCCUACCUGUUUCAGAACUGAGAAGUGGUAUUCGAGCAGUUCCACUUCAUAGUAAAACAGGAGACAAGUACAAUUCUGUGAAAGUUCUCAUGCGCUUUGAAUUUGUUUGAAAUAAUUGUGUGAGCCCGAGUCCGUACUUUCCUUGUUUCCUCGUCGUAUAUUUCAUCCAUCGACCAUAUCUGGAUAUAGUGCUACACGUCCAGUUUCAAACUCAGAAUUGAUCUUGUUUGUAGUUCAGAAAGGCAUGCAUGUGUGUGUAUGUAGAAAAUGUUCCACAGAUCUAUGUCGUAAGCUCUUGGCUUAUGUAUAUUCCCAUUGUAUAAAAGAGGAAAGUCCCCGGCUCUUUAUGUAAUGGAGUUGAAAAAUGCUUCUACAUCUAUUACAUAUAUGGUACCUAGUUCUAACUA